AAGGAGGAAGAUCUCGUGCCUAUCCAGGUGUUGAUUGAUGAGCUUAGAAAUGAGGACAUCCAGCUGCGGCUGAACUCCAUCCACCGUCUUGACACAAUUGCUGGAGCACUUGGCCCUGAGAAGACGAGGAAUGAGCUUCUGCGUCAUCUCACUGACGAGGCCGUUGAUGACGAAGAUGAAGUUCUGCUGGCGCUGGCCGAGCAGCUGGGCAAGUUUGUCGACCACAUCGGAGGGCCUGAAGAAUCUAAGUGCCUCCUCGAGCCCCUCGAAAAGCUCGCGACCGUCGAAGAGACAGUCGUUCGAGACAAGUCGGUGGAGUCUCUCUGCAAAGUGGCCGAUGUGCUGCCCGAGGCCGACUUCGUGGACCACUUCGUGCCCCUCAUCAAGCGGUUGGCCACCGGGGACUGGUUCACAGCCCGUACCUCUGGCUGCGGCCUCUUCGCCAAGGCGUACUCCAGGCUAACAGAUGAGCGAGUGAAGACGGAACUGCGAGAGCUCUUUGCCAAGCUCACUGAAGAUGAGACUCCUAUGGUCCGACGCUCCGCGGCUUCGGCCAUGAAGAACUUCAUCCCCACCAUUGUGAAGGAUCAGGUCAAGAAGGAGAUUGUACCCAUAUUCCAAAAGCUGGCCAAGGACGACCAAGACUCAGUCCGUCUUUUGGUCAUCGAGAGCUGCGUGGCUCUGGCCAAGAUGUUCGACCAGGAGGAGAAGACCAGCCUCGUCCUCCCAGUCGUCCGUGCCACCUCGGUUGAUAAGUCUUGGAGGGUGCGAUACAUGAUGGCGGAGCAUUUUGUUGAGCUGUGCGACGCGAUGGGUCCUGAGAUCACCCAAGCGGAGCUGAUUCCCGCCUUCGUCAGACUGCUGAGGGACACCGAAGCCGAGGUCCGCACUGCCGCUGCCUUCAAGGUGACGGGCGUGGCCAAGAAGCUUCCGGCAGACGUUUCGAUAAAGCACCUUCUCCCCUGCGUCAAGGAACUCGUCACCGACAGCUCGCAACACGCCAGAGCCGCUCUCGCUUCUGUCAUCAUGGGUUUGGCACCCGUUUUUGGCAGAGAACACACCAUCGAGCACCUCCUCGAUCUCUUCCUGCAGCUCCUCAGGGAUGAUUUCCCUGAAGUGCGACUCAACAUCAUCUCCAAGCUCGAUGAAGUCAACAAGGUCAUCGGCGUGGAGAUGCUCUCGCAGUCCUUGCUCCCCGCCAUCGUCGAGCUGGCCGAGGACAGGCAGUGGAGAGUUCGCCUUGCGAUCAUCGAAUACAUUCCUCUUCUCGCUGAUCAGCUGGGCGUGGCGUUCUUCGACGAAAAGCUGGGCUUCCUCUGCAUGACGUGGCUGGGCGACUGCGUGUUUUCCAUCAGGGAGGCCGCCACCAACAACCUCAAAAAGCUGACCGAGGUGUUCGGCGUUGAGUGGGCGCAGAACAACAUCAUUCCCAAAGUUUUGGCACUCUACACCCACCCCAACUACCUGUACCGCAUGACCACCCUCUUCGCCAUCUCGGUCCUCGCGGAAGUGAAGGGCAUGAAGGAAGUCAUCCAGAACAGCAUGCUGCCGCUGGUGAUCAGGAUGGCGGAUGACCCCGUCCCCAACAUCAGGUUCAACGUUGCCAAGACUCUCUACACCCUCAUCAAAUACCUCGAUGCCACCGUUGUGCAGAACAAAGUGAGGCCCUGCCUCCAGAACCUCGAGAAGGACAAGGAUCGCGACGUGCAGUUCUACGCUGGACGGGCUCUGCGCGCCAUCUAA